GUUUAUCCAGAAGGAGGCAGUAGAAAAAGGAAAAGAAACCGUAAAGCCUCAAAGAAGAAGAAGACACUAGACGACUCUGACGUCAUCACGCACAACGUGUAGCACUGAAGCAACAUGGCUCUGAAUGGAGAUGAUAAGGACUUUGAGUGGGAGCCUCCAUCAGAUGCAGAGAUGAAGGUAAUCCAGGCUCGCAGGGAGCGACAAGACAAAAUCAGCAAGCUGAUGGGAGACUACCUGCUCAAAGGAUACAGGAUGCUGGGAGAUUGCUGUGGUGUGUGUGGGACAAUUCUUCUCCAGGACAAACAGCAGAAAAUCUACUGUGUCUCAUGUCAGGAGCUGGACUCUGAUGUUGACAAGGACAACCCUGCUCUGAAUGCGCAGGCAGCAUUGUCCCAAGUGAGAGAGAGACAGCUUGCAGCCCAGACUGCUGCAGCGCCCCAGGCCCCUGAACUCAAUGAAGGCCCCAGCACCAGUCAGACAAGUGUGUCAGUUCCUCAGCCCAGACCAGAGCACUGUGAGGGAGCUGCCGCGGGGGGAAGAGCUCUCCUGCCUCCGCCUGCUGUCCCUUCUCCUUCAGCUCCUGCCCCCACCCCAGUCCUUCCACCUACUCGCCCACCAGUUAGUCCACAAAGCCCUGUCCUCCCACCUGUGUUGCAAGAAGCUGAAGAUGCUGUUCUAAUCAAACUACGCUGGGCCACUAACCAGCUACAAAAUUCGGCCUCCCUGGAGUCAAGUAUCCAGCUCUGCAGCCUCAUUGCCAGCUGUGCCAACUCUCUGCGCAGCCUCAAGGAGCUCAGCCAGUAACCAUCAUGGAAAAGGUUGUAACCCUGGAUUAACGGGAACGCUGUUUUUUCUUGCUUCUGUCCUGGAAUACUGACUCUGGUUCGCUGCUUUGCAGCAUCUCUCUUUGACUGAAUCCUUGCAUAGAGCUGAAUUCAAAAUUGGUCAGGAAAUGCACUUGAAAUAGGAUUAAAAUGUCAAAAGUUCACAAAUUGCUCUUGAGUUAACAUACUUAUAUGGCUGGCAGAAAUAUCAUGUUACAUUGUUUCAUAAUAUGUUUAAGUACAAAUGUUUGAACAUUUGACUGUUUUUGUCAAUUUGUAAGUUAUGAUAUAAUGAUAAGAACUGAACAUUUCUUAAUGCACAUUCAUCAUUGGUAUGAAUUUAAACCAUCUGGCCAAUAAAACAAAGUGCUUAUCUAUAUUCUACAGUAAAAGACUGCUAUUGUAUUUCCAUAUUUGGUUGUCUUGGAAAUGGCCAACAAAUUGACAUCUGGAAAAAUUAGAAGAGUUUUCCGAUUGGUUGUUCAAUAGUAUCCAGAAAAUGAUGUUGGUUUGUAAAUUGCAACAUUCAAACAAAAGCUAAAACCCCCGUGCACGAAUGUCUGUAUAAUUGUGUGUCUGCACAAGCAAGAGUGUAAUGUGCUGAUAACCAACAUACUACUAGACUGCAAGUCAUCAAUUGAAAUGUAUAGUCUGUUGGUCCUCUGAUCAGAGGGUCUCUAGUUACUGUUCAGUCUGACAUUCAGAUGGUUUUCUGUUGUCUCUGACCCUCUGGUCAUGCAAAGAUUGUCAUUUUGUGCAGGCAGUGUGGAGGUUUUUAUUGUAAAUAUAUUUGAUAUAUGAUGGUGACGAUGAUGGUCAUGUGAUUCAGUGAUGCUCAGAUGAGACGUUCAGGAGUCAGGCUCAUAAUUCUUCAUUCAUUUAAACCAUCUAGAGCAAAUAAACUGUGCACUGUACAGCAAUAGACAGCACUUCAUAUUAGAUAAAAGCCAGCUUCAGUGUUGUUCAAGGCAGUUAGUUUUCUAAUUAUGUACCUGAAUAAAGCUUUGCCUGAUCAGGAGUUCUGCAGUUUGUUUCUUUCCACAAGAGGGCGCCAAAUGCAAAACUCUGCUGUAAAGAUACAUUGAAAAACGCUGUAUUUAAACAAGUACCAAUAAACUUGUGAAUUGCA